AUGAAGCAUUGGAGCGCUUCUAUACAAGAGAAACAUUAUCUCUAUGGCAGAGGAAUAAGUGGGAAGUGUCGAUUUUCUCUUGAUACAGCCAGCAAUGGAAAUUUCAUGACCAAGACAGUUACUGAAGCAAAGAUUUUGAUUGAAAAUCUAGCCUCAAGCGACAGUGACAACUUCAUUGGGCAUGAGAGAGCAGUGAAGGCCAUAAAUUCUGAUCCAUACAGAGAUGGAUACAGCGAGAUCAAAGCCAUGAUGGCUGAGAUACUGAGAAACCAAGGAAGAGAAGUGGAGAGACAAAGAGAAGCUUAUAGAGUUGAAUCCACAAUAAUUCAAGACUACUUUGGAGAUUUGAUUCCAAGUUUCAAGAAGAAGUAA